AGUAAAUGUUUGAUGGUGCUCGGGUUAAAAGCCACCCGACCAUCCGGCAUUUUAUCCCACAAUCAGGACGUUCUGUUUGUCACGACCUUUUUCUGGUUCGUGACAAUUUCGUUGCUCACUCUUCCCCUCAUCCUGAACAAUACGUACAAUAUAUAGUUUCCAUACAUGAGGACACGCGCUCAGUAUAGAGUUGAAGGUCCACGGUCCACAAGGUAGUAACAAUUUUCAUUCCUUGCUAACAUUGUACGAUUUGAACAAAUUCGUAUCGUGGAAGCUGCAUUGAGGUACACAAGAGAAGUUGUACGAAUACCAGAAGAACUAGUUAACCAUUUAACAGAACCGCUCGAGUCGUGCGCCUGGGUUCUUGGCAAGUUCUGUCUUAAGUGAGAUCCAACUUCAGCAUGAGACUCUAUUCCUCUAUUGUCCUCAUUCUCUUGAGCCUGACUCCAUUGGUCUGGAGCCAUGGGUACACAAUCGACCCGGCCUCGAGAAACGCCUGUUGGAGAGUGUUCUCAGAAAGUUGUCCUGUUAAUUAUAAUGAUAACGAGCAGAACUGUGGAGGGAGAGAUGUGCAGAUUUCUCUUGGCGGCAAAUGUGGUGUCUGUGGGGAUAAGUACGGCGAAAAUAUUCAUGUACACCCUGGAAAGUACGCAAAAGGUUUCAUCACCAAGACUUACAAACGAGGACAAGAGAUAACCGUUCAGAUCCAUAUCACAUCCAAUCACAAAGGAUGGUUUGAAUUCCGAGUUGGUAAGAUUGGCAAUCCUCCUAUCACCCAAGAGAAGCUCAGAUACCUUCUGAAAUCACCCCAAGGAAAUACACGGUAUCCACUGGGAGGUUCUGGGCCGAGCGACGAAUAUGUCAAGCUGAUGCUCCCCCCUGGCUUGACAUGUGAUCACUGCGUGCUCCAGUGGUGGUGGAAGGUCGGUAACAGCUGGGGGUGUGAUGACGAAGGGUGUGGCUUAGGACACGGCGACCAGGAGACGUUUGUCAACUGCGCCGACAUUAAGAUUACAAAUACUACUACAUCCCCCGGAACUACCAUAACACCAGGGCCGACCACAAAUACUACACUUCAACCGGUCACUACCCAAACACCUCCACGAUCAACAACAGGAGACGGAGGAGUAACUCCAAAUACUACUCCACCCCCCGGAACUACCAUAACACCAGGGCCAACCACAAACACACCACCUAAACCGUUCACUACCCAAACUCCACCACAAUCAACAACAGGAGACGGAGAAGUAACUCCAAAUACUACUCCACCCCCCGGAACUACCAUAACACCAGGGCCAACCACAAACACUACACUUCAACCGGCCACUACCAAAACACCUCCACAAUCAACAACAGGAGACGGAGGAGUAACUUCAAAUACUACUCCACCCCCCGGAACUACCAUAACACCAGUGCCAACCACAAAAACACCGGCCACUACCCAAACUCCACCACAACCAACAACACAACGUCCAAGAGAGUGCAAGGCAGUCGGUGCAUGGAUAGGCCAAUCGAGCGUCGAUCAGUGGUGUGUUAUCAACUGUGCAGCAGGGUUUUGUCCAUCAGUAAUUUGUAUCUGUAAUUAAUAAAGUAAUUCUGUGCCAACUGAUAUGUUUGGCUGUAAUUAAUCAAUGUUAAUUUUGGAAAAUAAUUAGAUAAAGAAUUUAUAAUAAUAAGGAUAAGAAAAUAAAUGUAUUUGUAUUGAUA